UUAUUUCUUUGAGUCUCGAGUUCAACUCACUGGUUUUAAAAAAAAAAAAAAAAAUAAAAAUUUUUUUUUUUGAUUUCCUCUUGUUUUAUUCCAACACAAAUUGGGCAUGUACCUAUUUUGAAGCAAAUUAGAUGCCUAGUAGAGAUACUAUGUUUGAAUGUUCAGACAGUUUGUCAAGAGAAAUGUUUUAUGUACAGCUUCUGGUUGAUAUUGUGCAUUUAAAAAACAAAAUAUUUUGAUUAUGUUCCUUUCUAAAUUAAGUCUCAUUGAGAAAGAAUUUUAAAAUUACAGGAUUAUGUAUAUCUGCUAAAAAAUGACUGGCUUAGAGUUCCAGAUUUAAUGUGGGCAGGAAUGAUCCACUAUAAUCCUGCUUGUCUAUAGUAAAAAAAAAAAAUACUCCUUUUAAUUUUUCACUUGUUAGAAUAAUGUUUCAUGUCUUGGACAUUUCUUAAAUGGAACUCGUGACUCUUAAAUGCCUUAGAGUCCCAAAGGAAACUGUAUAUCAUGUGUUUUUCACUGAUUGGAUUGUUUCUCUCGCCACUGCAAUGUGUAAUAAAACAUGCUAUCCCUAGGGAGGCUGCUGAAGAAAUAACCUUUCGUCUUUGUCUCACUUCUAAUGCAGGAACACAAGAUUCAGAUGUUGGCUGCUUGCUCAACGAGAAACUGACUUAAUUGAUGUUUACCUUUUCCACCGGGCGGCUGAACUAAUCGAACGGUUUUAAUAUCCAACAUUUUGUCCGAGCACGCUGGUCUUACUGUGUCCUUCCUUUUGUAGUUCAGGACAUGCUGAUAAUUAGUGUCUCUGCUGUAGCAUCAACUAAAUGGCCAAAGUUAACCAUCCAUGAACUAUGUGUGGAUCAUAAAGUCAAGUACUUUUCUAAACCACAUUUCUUUUUAAAGCUGUAGUUACUUUGCAGAUACAUAUUUUAACCAACCACCAGUUUAGAAAAUGUGGUGGACUUACCAGUUUUAGACAGUAUAAAGCCAUUAGAACUGGCUCCACAUUGACAAACCACAGUAAUAACAAUAGUAAGCUGUAGUAAUAAUCAAAUAAUCCAGUGUCAUAAUACAGGGAGUACUUUUACUUUAGACAAUUAAAGUAGUUUUAAACUAUAGUGUAAUAGUAACAGUAUAAAAGUAAGUUUCAUGCAAUAUUUCAUCAUUAGGCAUUAAAGCACCUGUUCAACUAUAUUAUUACUGUAACUAAUUCAUUUAGUUAUGUCUCUAUACUGAGAUGUAAUACCACCCCGAAACACAAGGUGUGCUCGAGCGCCCUCACUCGUUCCCUCUCCUUGUGGUGCUUCAUUUGUUUUCCUCAUUUUGAGCUCCCAUUUAUGAUCUGAUCGAGCUCUGGUCAUCAUGGGUUGAGUGAGGUUUGUAGCAAGCUAAUCGGAUGCUAUUUUCACAUCGUUGAAGGCGAAUCUUUUCGGUGUUUGUCCCCCCGUGUAGAUUUGCUUUAGGACAGAAGGCUAACACCGAAGGGGGGGAGGCUUGUUUUGUAAUUGUUCUGAAGCCACGCCGUGCCAUCACCCCUUCCUGCUGACGCUACCAGGUGAGCGAGGUGCCCAGCAGCGCGUGAAGGUGCGUCAUAAAUUCAUUCCCACGCAAAGUAGUUUUGCGAGCUCGAUAGAAAAUAAAACAAAGAAGAAAGAUCCAGAGGAAUAGUCACAUAUGUAGUCGCUCGUCAGGUAAGGCGAAAUGUGACAACAGUACUUGUUUGAUUUAUUAAUAAACAUACAUUCUGUGCCUUUAACAUGUAACCCAUAACUCUGUGUGUUGAUGCAUCUCUGUGUUUCACAGCCCCCUUUGUGACUCCUCAGCCAGCAGUCAUGUCCAUUGAAUACACCAUUGACAUCCAGCUGACAGAGUUGGGAUACCCGGAUAUCCUACAGACCUCAUUUAGGGAGACACCCUAUAGCUCCACCUCUCCUGAUGACUCAUUCCCACCCAGUCGCACACCCAGUUCACUUUCAACCACACACGUACAAAGACUGGUAAAAGCUGGUAAAGAAGCAGGUGCUGCAAAACAGACCUCGCAUGCUGAACAAACCACGGCUCCGCUGUCAGACACUCGCACUACACAACAUCCCGCACAAGGGCCAGAAGCCACAGACCUUCCACUGCUAAUAGCUGAAGAGGAUGACGGCAAGAAAGGUGUUGAUGAUGGAGACGCUGCGCUGGAGGAAUCAACGGAGAUGCAGUAUGUGGAGGACGAGUCCGACAACAGUGAGGUUUCAGACAUGUAUGAGGAAGAAGAGGUCGACGAAGACGACGAUGAUGAGGAGGAGGGACUAAACGAUGGGGGCGACUACCGCUGCAGUGUCUGUGAUCUGCAGCUGCCCUCCAAAUUCAAGCUCCAGGACCAUAUGAAUCUGCACACUGGAGCGCGCCCUUACUCCUGUGCUGAAUGUGGGAAGCGCUUCUGCCAGACCUACAACUACCGUGUCCACCUGCGCACGCACGCCCAGACCGAAGUGGUUUUUUUCCGGUGCCGUGUAUGUCUGAAGAGCUUUAAGUCGCAGCGAGAUUUGAAAGUCCACCUGUCUAGAACUCACUUAGAGAAGGAGUUCUACGAGUGUGACCUGUGCAAACGUGUUUUCACUUGCCUCACGGCGUGUGAAUAUCACGUGAAGAAAUGUAGGCUGGAGGUGGUUUGUGAGGUAUGUGGCCGCAAUUUCUGCUCUCUAAAAUCUCUGGCGCGCCACCGGAAGAUGACGUGCCUUCGCAAUUUUAAAUGCACAGACUGCACAAAGACCUUCACUAAGAAGAAUGCUCUCCUGAAACACAGCUUCUCCCAUCUCGGUUUGCUGCCUUACACCUGUGUACGCUGCCGCUGCCACUACCGCCUGGCCAAGCUGUACCGCAAACACAAGUGUGAACCCGAGCGCAUUCACUGUGUGGCGUGUCUCAGAGAGUUUCUCAGCCAGAAGGACUUCCAGCGGCACAAAAAGGACACCGGCUGCUGGGGCAAUCAGGAGCCUAAAGGGGAUGAGAUCAGAUGUUUGGAGUGUGGAGAGAGAUUUGACACUUCUGAAGAGCUGAAGAAACACGCCGGGGCUCACCAGAGGGUGCUGAAGUGUGCCGAGUGUGGGAAGGGUUUCCGGUCGGCCUUGCUGUUAAUGUCCCACAUGGGGGGUCAUGCCGGCAACUCGCCCUGCCUCUGUCAGAGCUGUGGACUGGGCUUUCCCCACCAGCAGAACUAUGACAGCCACCUUAAGACCUGUGGACAAAAACCCAAGCCUUCGAGUGCUUCCAAGAAACGCCUGGCCUCGAAGAGCUCCUCAUCUGAGACAAAGAACGCAAAACCAGAAUCGGCGCUUCCAACAAAUACAGCUGCCAUGCCCACUGCUGUUUUAAACAACCCUGCUGCACCAGUGAAGGAUUCUCGUGGUCCAGAACUUGUGACAGGGGGGGUGUCUGCAGGCUCUGGUCAAUCAGACGGAUUAUGGCAGCUAACCCUCGACCAACAGCCGCCCCCAGGGGUCAACCUUGUUGUGUUUCUUCCUGUCAGUGCAACUCAGACUGACAGCCCGACACCCACAUCUGCAAUCUCUCCGACGCGUCCAGCUGUGCAGGGCCCGCCGAAAGAGGCUCCACCGCCUGUUUCACAUGAACAAUUGGGAGUGAAUGCUGCUCUUGGAGCGAUGCGAAAUGGGCCCCUGAAUUUGGUAGGUGGGAGCAAACAGAAUCCAGAGUGCGAAGCACCUCUGGAUUUGUCCAGUAAGUGUAACUCAUCUAAGUCAACUCUCGGCAACAUUCCUCUUUUUCCUAUUAAACGUGAGCCAAGGGAAUUAGAAAUCCCAGGAGAGGCUAACAGCACUGAUAGACCAGAAUUUAAAAACAUCAAUAGAAAAGUGUUUGUUAAAAAGGAUCUUGGAGAGACAGAUGCAAAUACUGAAUGGAAGCAGCUUAAAGUGGUUCCCAUGGAUCUCUCCAGUUCUAAAGGUAAUACCGCCUCCUCUGGACGGAUUGUAGAUCUGAAGAAAGAGCCUCCGUCUGCUGGUUUUGAUCACAGGUCCUCCAGAUGUUGCCCACUGACAGAGAAAGAAAUUAAGAUGGAGGUUGACAUUGCUGAAGAAAAAUGAACAAAAACAUUUGCAGUGACGGAAAAAAGAAAGAAAAAUAAUUUCGUCAAUAGUCACAUUCCUUAGUGGAGGUUGUGUAUAAGGACACACCCACGGCUGUACCUGUAGCCACAUAAACAUAGAAGUGUUAUUCUACAGCUAGAGCAAUAUACUAUUCAAUAUUGUGUAUGUUUCUCUCUCAUUGUAUCUACCAUCGUGCCCUUGUAUGACAAAGCAGAUUUCUUUCUUCUUUUUCCACGAUUACGAAUAGACUUGAAGAAAUCGAGUGUAUUUGCAGCAGCAUGGCCUUUGGUUUAGAAUAAGAAAAUAUUAUUGUUUCCUCUGUAAUUUGAACAAAACAUUCCAAGUUAUUGCUUAUCAUUUUAUUUCCAUUUUGGGUAAAGCACGGGUCACCGGAGCAGGAAGGGCGCUGUGACUGUCAUGAAGCCUAUGCAAAGUCAUGCAGGAUUAAAACGUUUUCCUGAUUCCUACCGUUACGCGCUCGUGUGGGGAAAUUAAAUUCUUUAGGUUUAUUAUGGUGUAUUAAGUUGAAUGAAAACACUGGAUUUUUUUUUUUUGUAUUCAGCUGAGAACUUGAAAUGAUUUUCUGUUUAAAGACACUUUACCUUUAGUACUUUUUUAAAGUAUUUAAUGAAUGCAAAUAGCGGUACUGAUCAACAAUAUGACAUUCUGUCACCUCGUGAUUUGCUGAAUCGUUACACUCUGCAGGUAUCUUUUGAUGUUGUUUUUGUAAAAGGCAAAUAAACAGUUAUCCUUGAUGCAAAAUCA